CCACACAAAGCAUUAAUUUUUGUAGGUGUGUCUGUCAGUCAAUUUUAGAUAUCUGAGGCAUGCUGUAAUGUCUCAUUUGACGUACCCCAACCUUGCUAGACUAGAGAACUUCACUGAAAGACAUCUCAACUACACUGGGAUCACUUUGGAAGGAUGGUGGCAUGGUCCAAAUAUUGUUGUCAGCUUAGCUAUCUUCAUUGCCUGUAUGCUAACUGGAGGGCUGCCCAGGAAAGGAUGCAGGCUUGAAGGACUCUGGCUCCUCAUUAACAUUAUCAUCAUCCAUCCUAUGGAUCUUUUUGUGGGUGGCUUCGGUGUUGGUCCUAAGUAUCUUGUGGAUGAGUAUGCUGUGCUGGACAGCCGCUACUGGGUGCUCCAGGACCCCAUGGUCAUGUGGGUGUGCUAUCUAGAGUUUUUCGUCAUGUUACCUCUUGAGUAUAUCUGGUACAUGGCCCUGCAGAAAAGGCACUGGAGCAGACACUACUGGGUGAUUGUCACAGGCACGUUCCAGUUGGUGGGGACCGUCUUCUACAUGGGAGUGGAGGUGACUGAGGGUUUCAAGCACAUGGCUCUCUCGAGCUGGCCCCCUUCCUUCAAUUCGUAUCUGGACCUGAAAUACUUUUACUUUGUGUUCAUCUUCCUCAAUGGCAUCUGGAUAGCUAUCCCACUCUACUAUUACUAUGAGGUGUACAAGAGGCUUGGAAAGGCUCUCUCCAAGUACAAGCUAGACUGAAGUAAGAAGCGUCCAUAGAGUUAACACAAGUCCCAUUGUGUUUUGUGUAGUGAACAAUUUAUUUUUUUAGAAUGAAAAAAUAUUGUUUUUUAUAGUGAGUUAUUACACAA